UGUGGAUUAUUUGUUGUGGAUUUUGCAUUGAUUUCAUGAUUUUAAAUACAUUCUUAUAUAUACAGCUGUGGAUAGAGACUCCUGCCCUCUCUUUGAAGCAAAGUCUACAUCUUUUUUUCCAUGGAGUACUUGCAAUUCCCAUAUAUGUAUAUUUAUUAUUGUAGGGUUAUAUAUGGAAAUUUUAACAAGAAUUAAAGUUAUGGCUACCACUUUUCUAAAACUUAAGCCUUAGAUCUGAUCUGAGGAAUAUGAUCAUAUGAUUCUCACCGUUGGAAAGUAGAUUAAUUGAUACCAAUGCUUUUUACCUAAUUGCCCUUCACAAACUGUGUAUGCAUGUGGGAUUUGACUAAAUGUUUGAAGUGCAUUUGUUGGUGAUGACAUUGAUCAUAAAUAAUGGAGGUUGUAGUUGGCCAUUAUUGUUUCUUUCAUUUUCAGUAGUUUCUCUUUUUACUUCUUUGAAGGUUUCUGUUACUUCACCCAGUAAAGUUUCUGGAGUGUGCGCUUAAUAGUGUACAUGUACCACUACUUUGAAAUAUUUGUUUGGUUCUUGCAUUGUGAAUGAUAACUGUUGAUUAACUGAUCAUUACCAUUUCAUGAAGUUCAGCUGUAUUUGGAGUCAUGGUAGGUGAAGUUGGAAAUGCUGCUGUAAUCAACCAGGGAGCCGAAGAUUGGUUAUUACAUGCCCAAGAAUAUGUCCCAAUUGCACUCGAAAAAGCAAAAGUGGUGAAGGUAUUUCCUGGCAGGUGGAAGGUCAUCAUCUCAAAAUUAGAGCUUAUUCCACCGCGCUUGUCAGAUUUGUCAAGCCACCCUUGUUUCUCAAAGAAUGCACUGUGUACAGAGCAGUUGCAGGCUGUUGCAAAGACACUGGAUGAAGUAAUUGAGUUAGCUGAGAUGUGUAUGAAGGAAAAGUACGAGGGGAAACUUCGAAUGCAGAGUGAUCUUGAUUCCUUGUCAUGUAAAAUUGAUUUAAAUCUGAGAGAUUGCGGGCUUUUGAUCAAAAGUGGGGUUCUUGGUGAUGUUACCUUUCCUUUGGCAGCUUCAAAUUCUUCAACUGAAGCUGAAGCGUCUACACAUUCUAGCAUAAAAGAAUUGCUGGCCCGGCUUCAGAUUGGACACCUAGAGGCAAAACAUAAAGCUAUUGAUAGCCUUGUUGAGAUCCUCCAAGAGGAUGAAAAGAAUGUUUUGGCUGUUCUUGGACGGAGCAAUAUUGCUGCUUUAGUCCAGUUACUAACAGCCACCUCUCCGCGGAUUAGGGAGAAAACAGUCACAGUAAUAUGCUCUCUUGCAGAAUCAGGAAGUUGCGAGAACUGGCUUGUAUCUGAAGGUGUUCUUCCACCUCUCAUAAGGCUCGUUGAAUCCGGUAGUGCAGUGGGCAAAGAGAAAUCAACAAUCUCUCUUCAAAGACUAUCAAUGUCAACAGAAACAGCACGUUCAAUUGUUGGACAUGGUGGAGUGCAACCUCUAAUUGAUAUUUGCCAAACUGGUGAUUCUGUUUCACAAGCUGCAGCAGCUUGUACUCUAAAGAAUAUAUCCGCUGUUCCAGAAGUGCGGCAAACUCUUGCAGAGGAAGGAAUUUUCAGUGUUAUGAUUAAUCUCCUUGAUCAUGGGAUUCUAUUAGGAUCUAAAGAGUAUGCUGCUGAAUGCUUGCAAAAUCUCACCUCAACGGAUGAUAGUCUUCGUAAGUGUGUUGUAUCAGAAGGUGGAAUACAAAGUCUUUUAACUUAUUUGGACGGUCCACUUCCCCAAGAAUCUGCUGUUGGUGCAUUGAGGAAUUUGGUUGGAUCAGUCCCUGAGGACAUACUGAUCUCACACGGGGUUCUUUCAAUAUUGGUUCACGUGCUGAAGUCUGGAUCACUGGGCGCACAGCAAGCAGCUGCGUCAGCAAUUUGUCAAAUUUGCAGCUCCACGGAAAUGAAGAAAAUGAUUGGUGAAGCGGGCUUCAUUACGCUGCUUGUUAAUAUGUUGGAAGCUAAAUCAAACAAUAAUAGAGAGGUUGCAGCACAAGCACUUUCAAGCUUGAUGAGUCUUUCACAGAACUGCAAAGAAGUUAAACGGGUUGGAAAAAGUGUGCCCAAUUUAGUUCAACUUCUUGACCCGAACCCUCAAAACACUGCCAAGAAGUAUGCAAUUACUUGUCUUAACUUGCUUUCCUCAAGCAAGAAGUGUAAGAAGUUGAUGAUUUCCUACGGUGCCAUCGGAUAUCUCAAGAAGCUUACUGAGAUGGACAUCCCAGGUGCAAAGAAGCUACUUGAGCGGCUAGAAAGGGGGAAAUUAAGAGUUUUCAUGAAUCUUGUGUGAUGGAGUAUGUUCUCUCAUACUUGAAGUUUCAUGCUACUAUCUAACAAUAAUAAGAUGUUCCUCUCCCUGCAAGUGUUUAUACAACCGCAAUUAUCAUUUUCAAUA